AUGGCGACCAAGAGAAAGUCCCUGGCACUUGAGAGGCCAGAGGAUGAGCAAUCCGAGGGCAAAAAAUCAAAGUUGAUCCAGAUAAAAGGUCAGGUCAGGCAUACGCUUCUACAACAGCACUAUGAUGUCGUGCAGACACUUCGCGGGUACCUGCUUUCUAAACUGCCAGGGUCUUCGAGACUUCGUCGCAAGAAGAUUACAGCGUUGGGAAAAGACCAGGCACGGUGGGCACGCAUUCAAGACCACGACAUUGGACCGGAGCUUUCUUCGUUGUUAGACUCAACCUUGGUCUGCACGCAACACCGCCCUAAGGCACAAGCUGACUCUCGGUGGGCGCAAUGGCGGUCCUUCUCUCAGAAAGCCGACGACUCGGCUGUGUCUCUCUCGGGAGGUUUGGCUCAAGCUACUUCCUCGCAGUCAGAGAUCGUUGACUUUGUGGUGUGGCAAAUAUUCAACAGACACGCUGCUUGGCCGAAGCACCUCCUCUGCGAUGGGUUCAGGAGGCAGGCUCAGAACAUUGCCAAUGCAAAAGGCCACGGUCGCGACAGCGGAAUUCAGGGGCUGAUCGCAGUUGACCCGAAUCACUACGUGCAGGCCCUAAAAGAAGCCCCUUGGCCACAAGUACUUAUGCUGCUCGGGAAAUCAGGCGAGCAGAUCAUGAUAGAUCUCCUCAUUGAUACGGCGAUAUUUCUCCCAGUGAGAGCUGGUCACGGCAAUAUGUACCAGCUCAGUGGUAUCCCCAUGUCAGAGACGGGCAUAGCCGCGAACCAGGACAGCAAGAAGCAGACAAAAGGAGAUGCCACAACGCCGCCACCCAUACCUCAGGAGCGGCUCCCGUCUGAAAUCAACCUUAUCAGAAAUCGCAUGCUCUACGCUCGAGCUGCUCUCACCGCUAAGGGCACGGUUCAGUAUGGACUGCGGCACAUACAUGUUCUAAGUCGUUGUCCGCGUCUAUCGUAUCCAGAACAGGCAACCGCCGAAGAAGAGAGAUCAAGAACCACACAGGCGAACGAGCGCAACACGCUGAAAGUCAUGAUGUAUAUCUUCCCUCGACAAUUCGGCCUACACAACGCCUUCACCUCCAAAAUUGACCACUCCAAGACGUCGCAAAAGUUUGCAGACUAUACUCUCCGCGAAGACGAAAUCUCGUCAACGUUCAAGGGACGGGAUAUCAAGCUUCCAAAGAGGCUGCGCGGAGACACAAAACGACUGGUGCAGAGGCUACAACUUCUCCACGGUCGGUGUGCUUACGCUGAGAUACUGCGGCAUUACUGUCCUUCUGCUGUUGACUUCAAAUCCCGGAAAUCUGUCUCAAAAAAGCCGGUGAAGCAGUCCAAGACACUUGAUCCUGCACCGGUGGCGGGAAGAGACAACCAUACAGCUGUUACAUCUGGUGCUCCCAGAAAUAGCACACAUAGCCGCCCCAAGCUUCACCAACCCGCGGCGCCUCCGCUACUGCCCACGUUUGAUGCGAUCACUGACUUGGCAACUCCCGCAGCUCAUGUUUCCGCAUUCUGUCAGGCUGUACUGGCCAAGAUCAUACCAGAUGAGAUGUGGGGCACUGGUGAAGGCGGUACUUACAACAAGAGUCAAAUACUGAGGAAAGUCGAUCACUUUGUCAAAUUGCGGAGGUUCGAGGCCAUAUCCCUCUGUGAGCUCGCAGACGGGCUCAAGAUUACCAGUAUGGAGUGGCUGGCGCCUCCAGGCAUCAAAGCCCAGAAAACCAGCUUGACUGACAUGAAGAAACGACAUGAGAUUAUGAAUGAAUUUUUGUACUACAUUUUUGAUUCGCUGUUGAUACCCCUUUUGCGCAGCAACUUCUACAUCACAGAGUCGAGCUCUCACCGCUACCGUCUCUUUUUCUUCCGGCAUGACGUUUGGCGAUACGUCGCAGAACCAGCAAUGGGGAGUCUUCGAACAAACAUAUUUGAGGAGAUCAAGCUUGACCAGGCUACCGCAAUACUCGACUCCAGGCGGCUGGGCUUCAGUCGUAUCAGGCUUCUGCCCAAAGGAAAGGGUAUGCGGCCGAUCACGAACCUGCGAAGGCGAACAGAGAUCAGGGGCAGGAGCUCUGUUCUCGGCCCAAGCAUAAACACUGUACUGGGCCCGGUACAUUCCAUGCUCAAGCUCGAAACGCAAAGCAAUCCCUCCAGGCUCGGAUCAUCCAUGUUUUCGGUGGGUGAUCUCUACCAUCGCCUAAAUGCCUUCAAUGCCAGAUUUGGCGACCAUCGGCCGGUAUUCUAUUUUGCCAAGGUAGAUGUGCAGUCUGCCUUCGACACCAUCCCUCAGGAGGCUGUGAUCAGGCUGAUGGACAACAUUCCGAAUGAAGAACAAUACAUCAUCAAGAAGCACGUCGAAGUAAAAGCCGGAUUACUGGAUUCUCGGCAUCAGAAGAAUGCUGUAUCAACAGUCACGCGGCGGUGGCAUUCCAUCGCCGUCACCCGCAACGAUACCACUGACUUUUCGCAGCUGGUGGAGGGGCGUCUUGGCAUAAACCGCAAGAAUACCGUCUUCGUGGGAAACACCAUGAGAAAGGAGCUAGAAACGGACGCGCUGAUGGCUCUGAUGGCAUCGCAUAUCAAGCAGAACCUCGUCAAGGUGGGCAAGAAGUUCUACAGGCAGAAGAAGGGUAUCCCCCAGGGCUCUGUAUUGUCUUCAGCUCUGUGCAACUAUUUCUACGCCGACCUCGAGGCGCAGCAUCUGUCGUUCCUGUCUGAAGGGGAGGAGCAGGGAGAGGAGAGUGGAGAAUGCCUGCUCUUGAGGCUGAUUGACGACUUUCUUCUCAUCACGACGGACCAGGCCAAGGCACGCAGGUUCGUCCGGGUCAUGCAUGGCGGACUACCCGAGUACGGCGUCGCUGUCAGCCCCAACAAGACCUUGGUCAACUUUGACAUGGACCUGGGUGGUACGAGAGUAGCCAGGCUUCCGGAUGGGGCUCAAUUCCCUUAUUGUGGACUGGGUAUCGACUGUGAUACCCUUGACAUUGUCAAAGAUCGAGGUCAUAUCAAAGAUACAGUGGUUUCCAAUGCGUUGACAGUGGACUACGGGAAUAAGCCCGGUCAGAAUUUCCAAAGAAGAGUCUUGAACGCCUUCAAAAUCCAGUCCCACCUUAUGUUCUACGACACCAAGCACAACACCCUCAAAACCGUCAUGUCCAACCUCCACAAGGCUUUUGCCGAGACGGCCGAGAAGAUGUGGGCGUACUGGCGCUGUCUGCCAACCAAUAAACGACCUGGUGACGGGCUCGUCAUGCAGACAUUGGCCAAAGUAAUCGACGUCGCUUACGGACUGCUCACGAGCAAGUCUCGGAGGGAAAAGUAUCCAGAGUAUGAUUGCGCCGUGGAGAAGACGCAGGUUGCGUGGCUCGCUCUCGAUGCAGUGAGGAUGAUUCUCGCAAAGAAACAGGCAAACUUUACGACGGUAUUGUCAUGGAUCGAUAAGGAGACAGGGCUUCUUGACGCCAAGAAGACGGCCCGGGCGAGGAAGUACGUACGAGGGUGA